AUGCCAAAGACACCAACACCACGUUCAGGUACGGUUACAAAAGGCGGUAAAGGACUGGGCAAAAGUGCUAAAGUUAGUUCAAUGCGACAUAGAAAAUUUUUGCGAGAAAAUAUCAAAGCAAUCACAAGACCGGCAAUUAGAAGAAUGGCACGCCGAGGCGGCGUGAAGCGAAUUUCAGGCGAAAUAUAUGAAAUCGCAAGGACUUGCAUAAAGGACUUUGUCACGGAUGUUCUCAGGGACUGUGUGUCCUAUGUAGAAUACGAAAGGAAGAAAACAGUAGGAGUCAUGGAGAUGCUUUUAGCACUCAAAAGGCAAGGACGAACCCUAUACGGGUUCGAUCACGAAAUUAGAGGACGACAUACCCACGCACAUUUUCAUUAUUAA